CUGCUGCCCUAUAUGGCACCGGCGGCCAGCUCCUGGCAUGGAGCGUGCAGCCGCCCGCCGGGAUGGAGCUGGCCGAGCCGCGCCUGCUGGACGCGCUCGCCUGCCUGGAGUGCUUCCUGGGCGUCCUGGCCUUCCUGGGCAUCUGGAUGGUGGGCUCGCCCUACGGCCGCUACUCGCCGCAGUUGCCCGGCCGCCGCUUACCCGCGCGGGCCGCCUGGGCCCUGCAGGAGCUGCCCUCGCUGGUUUGGCCGCUCUGUGAGUGCGUUCGCGCGUCCUCGGAGCGCCUCGGCAGCUGGCCCAACCGCAUUCUCCUGGCCAUGUUCAUCAUCCACUACGUGCACCGCACCUUGAUUUUCCCAUACCUGAUCCGAGGAGGAAAACCCACGAUGCUGUAUUCAUGGGCGUUGGCGUUUGUUUUCUGUGCCUAUAACGGCUACUUGCAAAGCAGAUACUUGAGCCAAUAUGCAGUGUAUGCGGACGACUGGGUCACCCAGCCCCGUUUUCUAAUAGGUUUUGUCUUGUGGUUGUUGGGCAUGCUGAUCAACAUCCAUUCAGAUCACAUCCUGAGGAACCUCAGAAAGCCAGGGGAGACUGGAUACCAGAUACCCAGGGGAGGCUUAUUUGAAUAUGUGACUGGAGCCAACUACUUUGGAGAAACCGUGGAGUGGUGUGGCUUCGCACUUGCAGGCUGGUCCCUCCAAGGCGGGGCGUUUGCUCUGUUCACAUUUUGUGUUUUACUGGCCAGAGCACACCAGCAUCACCAGUGGUAUCAUGAGAAGUUUGAAGAUUAUCCAAAGUUCAGGAAGAUUAUAAUUCCAUUUUUGCUUUAAGUAUGUUGUUAAUGGAAUCAUCCUCAACUGGAAGGCUCUCAGUGAUGUUUUUCUGGGGCCCAUAUAAAUGAAAUCUCCUUAGUUUUCCCGCUUUUUGUUGUUUUUAAGAUGUGCUUUUUUUCCCCCUCAUACCCUUGUGAGCUGCCUAAUUGUAAGUGAAUCAAACUGAGAUCCAAGUUGAGGGACCGUCCGGGCUCCAGGUCAGGAGUUCUGAACUGCUGCUGCUGUGACCACUUUCCCUCUUUGGCUAAGGUGUAAGACCAGAGUGUACAGCUGUCUUUGAUGACAUCUCAGGGGCAGCAGGUUUCACUGGCCCUUCUCCAGCUCCCUGCAGUGAUGGGUUCAAGGUCAGGGCAGUGUGGACUCUUCUCCCUGUUAGUGCGAAUAUGCACGCUUAGGCCAGAGUGGCCCGGUUCCACGGGCACAGUCACUGCUGGUGGGGACCGGGCCCAGCGGCAGUUCAGGGCAGGUGCCACUGGCAGUGGGGAGCCGCGAGGCCCCCUGAGGCUGUGCUCUGGCAUCCGCGCUUCUUCCAGCCCAGCUCGCCGGGUGGGGUGCGCAGCACCCGGCGGGUGCAGGUGGCUGCUUUGGAAGAGCGCAUUCAGGCGGAGGGGCGAAGGCGCGCGGGAUCCGGCCGCCAGCUUGGGUCCAGCCCCUGCACGCUGCGCAGGAGCCAUCAGCGUGCUGCAUGGCCCUUUUCUUCCUUAAGGAAGAGCUGGAAUUUUCCAAGGCACUUCUGUUUUUCAUGUAUCUCUUAUUACACAACAGAAUCUUGAAAUGAUUUAAUUUUCAUGCUCUCAAGGAUACAUGGAGAUAAAUGACGGUAGUAAGACGGAUUAAUUGCCCAAAUAAUUAAUAGCUUCAGUGUUCCUCCAUAAAUCACACCCUCAGUGCGGUGGGUGGUAGUCUCUCAUGGUUUUAGAAUUGACAGAAAGCAUCAUGGUGUGGCUGUCUUACUUUAACAAAAAAAGCAUUGUUUUUUGCAGGGGAAUUCUUUUGUUAAGUAAACUUUUGCCCUUUUUCUGACCAAAUAAUUGCAUGAAACCCUAAAGCAAUAAAUACUUUAGAUAUUCUCAGGAAAACUCCCAAGUGUGAGCUACCGUGAUUGAUCUGGGCAGGUGGGUUCUGGAAGGCAUAGCUGGUGGGCAGAGGUGCUUGUCUGAGACCCAGAGGUGCUCACUGUAAUUCUGUUGGUGCUUCCCCGCCCCCUGGAGACCCGGAUUGAACCCAGGGGCCAUCUACCAUUGAGCCACAUCCCCAGCCCUUUUGGCUUUUUAUUUGGAGAUGGGAGCUUGCAAAGUGCCCCAGGCUGGCCUGGAACUUACAGUCCUCCUUUCUCAGCCUCCUGAGUACUUGGGUUGACAGGUGGGCGCCAGGGAUGCCUCUUUUUUAUUGAGUGACUUGUGUGUACCCCACAGUAUGGGUUAGCUAUAGAUUUGAUGCCCGCUGCUCCCUUACCCAGACCCACUGGGUGAGUGAUGAAGGCAGGAAGAAGUCCUGCCCAAUCUGUCCUGAAAAUUGAAGCUCAGAUCAUUAAGGAGACUAGUAAAAUGACAGCGCAAAGCCCAGCUGUAUUUGUUAGACUUCGUUGGAGGAUUCCUUCUUUUCAGCCCCGAAGCCCGUCUGCUCUGCUUCUUGUUGCCGGUGAUCUUCUACGUCUCUUAGUAAAGCUGUGUAACAGUCAUCCAGCAAAAGCACAUCCUCGCAUGUUCUUGUUAAGUUUUUAUUCUUACUGUUUGAUAUUUGUUUGUGUGAAUGAGAUUGUUAGUAGUUCAUUUUUUAGGAUGAACCAAAACUAUCUAGUACUAGUGCACUAGUAUAUUUGUCAGCUCUGCUACUGAAAUUAUAGAGUCCAACUUUUUCCUAUCACCUUCCUCAGGAUUUCCAGUGUUGCCAUCCUAAUCAUUCACAGAUAUCUUAAUCGUGUUUUGCAACAUGUGAAGCUGUUAGUUUUACUUUCAUUCGCUUCUGCUCCUGAAAACUUGAAGAACAAUAUUGAGUGUUAGACAAAUUAUCAGGAUUCUUGUGUAAUUUCAUCAGGAGUUACAUUUUGAGAUUAUUGUUUUGAACACUUUUAUUUUGGGGAUGAUUAGAGCCUUAUUUCUACUUUAACCUUUAGUAUUUUUUCUUUGCCUUUUUUUUUUUAAUAAAAAAUGUUUAUUUCCUUUGAGAUUUUCAAAUGCCCUCCAUGCAGAUCAGAAAUGAGGCAGAGAGCUUCACAGUAGUCAUUUUGUUUAUCUAAUCGAUUUUGUCAUCUAAUCUAAUGGAUUAUUUUCUUCAUUCAGUUUUCGCAGAGUUGCUCUUUCCUUUGAAUUUAAGCUAACUGUGUUAUGGUAGUUGUCUCCGCACUUCUUGAUUUUUUUAUCUUUAUCUUCUCACUGUUCUAAUUUUGGGUGGGUGCUUCUGUUCCACCUUAAUUGCUUGGAAAGAGUACUGCAUUUGUUUUUGUUUUGUUUUUCUUUUCUUAGCAAUCACAUUUUUUGUUUUGGGACUGUUUGUUUUUCUUAUAAGUACACUAUUUCCUGAAGUUCCAUCAUGUUCUUAUGGUUCUUACCCUAAAUAAUCUCCAGUUUUACAUCUUAAAUGUUGUUUGAUGCAUAAGUUUUCUUAGGAAAAUAAUUUUAGAGUGUUUUUGUUUGUUUGUUUGUUUACUUUUUAUUCAUCUGGGGGAUUUUAUUUAAGUUUGUUGUUGUUGUUGUCUUUCUCAUGUGUGAAUGGAGUAAGAUUAUUUUCUGUAAAUUUUUUUCUUUGUGGGUUUUGAGUUUUUCUUUAUAGUUUAAAGAAUAGUCACAUUUUAUUGAACCUAUUUUCAAAUGUGGGCUCAAGUAACUACUAAGUUAUUACUCUAGGAAAAUUUAAUUUCUCUGAAGAAGUAUAUCAAUUUUUAUGUGAUAAGAAAAAUAAUACCUCUGAACAGUUUUAAUGUUUAAUGUCUUUAGACUAAUGCCUAACAUACCAUAAAAUCCUAAAUGCUCAUUUUUUUCUGUGUAAAACCAUUCAUAUUAAUCAUAGUGUUUCACCAAACUUGGACUUAGCCGUGCCUGUGACUUAUUUAUGCCAUAGUGUAAUCUAGCUGCAAGGGUAAUGGAUAAUAAAAAAUAAAGUGUCUACUAUUAAAAGAAAAGAACGGUCACAUUUCAUAACAGUGACACAACCUACUUUUUAAUUGUGUACUGUUUGUUCUUGUUUAUUAAUCCAGACAUAUUUUUAAAAUUCUCUCCUGCCUUAUAUUUCUUCCAGAUCUGAUUUCCUUUGCAUUUCUAAUGCUUUUUAU